AUAGCACACGAUGUCCAUUGGAUAUCCAUUUUGUUCCCAUGAUACAUCCAGUAUGUCCAUGGAUAUCAGACGGACAUUCAUUGAAUAUACUUUAUUGUAAUUCCUAUGGACAAAUGCGGAUGUAUGUCCACUGGUUAUCCUUCCAUGUUAUUACUUUGACGAAAGAUUCAUUGAAUAUCCACUGGAUAUAACUCCAGUGGACAUACUAUUUUAUAUAAUAAUGUGACAUAUGACAUACGUAAUAUAAUUUCUGUUUAUUGUGUGUCAAAGCAUGGCACUAAAAAAAUAUCGAUUUUCGUAUUAGAAAAUAGUACUGUUGAUUUCAAAUUUCCCAUACUGGUGACGUCACGUCCACGCGACGCCGAUCGGGCCGAUCCGCAUGCGCAUCGCAUCUUGUAUAGACUACAUACAGAUAGAUCGCGUGUUGCUAUAAAUAACAGUUUUCCGCCAAAAAGCAAAAUUUUAGAUUUAUUGUGUAUAGUGCAGUAAACAUUUGGUUUUCCUAUUAAAGGUAAGAACGUUUUAUUUAUUUAAUCACUAAACGUAUGCUACGCACAUCUUAAUAAUUAUUUGUUUGUGUGGCAAUUUGACAUAACCUCAAUAUUAUAUACCGGGAAAUUGCAUUAUGCCGAAAAUUUUACAAAAAACGUACAGAAAAGCGAGAGACAUGGUCGAUGUUUCAAUAUACAUGGCCUCAUCUUCUACUUCAUCUACUUGUAAUAAUUCAGAUGUAAAAAAAAAUACCGAAAUACCUCAUAGAUCAUUAAUUGAAGACGACGGUUCAGAUCAUAUGCAAUUAUUGAUAACAAAUCAAUGUGUCUACCAAGAAUCAGUUAUUGAUGUGAACACAUCUACUUCUUCAUUGUUCAACUCAGAUUAUUCAUCUGAUUCUGCUACAUCCGAAGAUGAAUCGAGGCAUUUUGAUAACGACGCCGAUGACCACGACUCUACUAAAGUGGAGAUGGGUAAUAAGCCAAUCGAUUUGAAUUCACAAAUAAGUGAAUGGGUAUUCAAACACAACAUUACUUUGUCGGCUUUAUCAGAUAUUUUAAAAAUCUUUAAAAAUGGUGGCGAUUACAAUAAUUUGCCAUCAGACGGUAGGACAUUAUUGAAAACUCCUAGAUGUGUGUUAAAAGAAUUGGUUAAUCCAGGGGAGUAUUAUCAUUUCGGUUUGUUAAAUUGUAUAGAAAGACUUCUUGCAAAGUACAAACUUUCCCAUUCUUUAAAAUUAGUUGAAAUUUAUGUAAAUGUUGAUGGCUUGCCGAUAUCAAAAAGUUCUUCUAGCCAGUUAUAUCCAAUACUGUGCUCUCUUGUUCAAAAUCCUCAACACGUUGAAACAAUUGGACUUUAUCAUGGAAACGCAAAGCCUGAUACCGCUAACUGCUAUCUUAGAAAAUUUGUGAAUGAAGUAGUGUAUUUAACGAACAACGGUUUCAUUAAUAAUGGCCACUUCUACAAUUUUAAGAUUAAAGCAUUAAUUUUUGAUGUUCCCGCUAAAUCAUUUUGCACUGGUACUGUUGGGCACACAGGUUAUAGUUCCUGUUCUAAAUGUAACAUUCGAGGGAUAUACCACAAUAAUAGAGUCUGUUUCCCCCCUGAACGUGAUAUUCAACUUCGUACACAUCAUGACUUUAUUUCUAAAUCUGAUCCUGAACACCAUGCAAACACUUCAAUCUUGGAAGAAAUACCAGAUUUUGAUAUGAUACAAGACAUCCCCCUAGAUUACAUGCAUUUAAUUUGUCUUGGGGUUAUGCGUAAAUUACUUAUUCUUUGGACAGGAGCUGCUAAACCUCCCUCUAAAAUGUCUUCAAGAGAUACUAAAACAUUAUCUGCUGCCCUAGUAAACAACUCUAGCAAUGUUCCAUGUGAGUUUGUACGAAAAUCUCGAUCUCUUGAAGAACUUAAAAGAUGGAAAGCGACUGAGUUUAGACAGUUUCUUUUGUAUACAGGGCCUGUAUUAUUAAAAGAUAUUGUUAGUAGGGACAUGUAUUUAAAUUUUCUAUGCCUACAUGUAGCUGUAACAAUUUUAUCGACAAAAAGGUACAUCGCUGUAGAUCUUGAUUAUGCUCGUUCUUUGCUAGUAUAUUUUGUGCAGACGUAUGUGACUUUAUACGGAAAACAACACGUUUCUCAUAAUGUACACAAUUUACUACAUAUAGUUGAUGAUGUUGCAAGAUUUGGUCCAUUACAUAAUUUCAGUGCAUUCCCUUUUGAGAAUUACAUGCAAAAAAUAAAAAAACAUUUGCACAAGCAAGAUAAACCUUUGUCACAAAUUGUUAAACGGAUGACAGAAUUAAAUUCAGCUACAAGUGAUACACUUCCACAAGAAAAACCAAAAAAGGUCGCUUAUAAUGAGCAUAAUGAUGGUCCAUUAUUACCGGGAACUUCUUGCCCACAGUAUAAAAAACUGUUGUGUGAAAAUUAUGUAUUAAAAUUAAAAGAAGGUGAUAAUUAUUGUGCACUGUUGGAUGGAACGGUGGUUCAAAUUAAAAAUUUCGUAACUGGUAUUGAUGGAGGAUUGGUUUUAAUUGGGAAGAAAUAUCGUAAUUUAGAAAAUCUCUAUCACAGGCCAUGUAAUUCAUCUGAAUAUGGAAUCUACUUAGGUAGCAAUUUAUCAAAUCUUAAAAUGUGGAAUGUGAAGGAAAUUGCCUUUAAGUAUUUUCCAGUUUAUACCUCUGUUAAUCAAGUCGAGCAUCAAGUUGGUCUCAUUCCAAUUAUUCAUUGCAAUGAAUUUUAAAACAAAUGCUAUCUUUACCUUUUACGUUUUUAAUAAUAGGUACCUAUAUAC